CGGGCUGACUCCGCCCCCUCCGGUUGCCGUGGCAACACGGGCCGCGUCCUCGGCUCAGGGCUGCUGAGAGGCCCCGCCAUGGUGCGGAUUACUGAAGAGCUUGUUAGGCAACGAGCAGAGCAUAACAACUGUGAGAUCUUUUCCUUGGAGGAAAUUUCCUUACACCAACAAAAUAUAGAGAAAUUAGAACAUCUUGACAAAUGGUGCAGAGAUUUAAAAAUUCUCUAUCUUCAAAACAACUUGAUUCCCAAAAUUGAAAAUGUUAGCAAAUUGAAGAGGCUUGAAUAUUUAAAUUUAGCAUUAAACAACAUUGAAAAAAUUGAAAAUUUGGAAGGUUGUGAAGACUUGCAAAAGCUGGAUCUGACGGCUAAUUUUAUUGGAGAACUGUCCAGUAUCAAGACCUUGAAAAAUAAUAUACAUCUUAGAGAGCUCUUCCUUAUAGGAAACCCAUGCACUGAUUUCCAAGGUUAUAGACAAUUUGUGAUUGCUACACUACAUCAACUCAAAUUUUUGGAUUCCAGAGAGAUAGGACGUUCAGAGAGGAUUCAGGCUUUACAAAACUAUUCUAAGGUAGAAAAACAAAUAGAAGAGCAGGAACAAGCCUAUCGUCUUAAAAGAAGAGAAGAAAAAGAGAAGGUCCAGAGACGGCUGGAAGAAAAGCAAGAGAAGAAAAGAGAGAAGCAAAGGAAAUGCAGUCUGAGAUUUGAUAACGAGUGGUAUGCAGACAUUAACACAACCAUGUACAUGGUGCCUCAAUUUGUCCAUUUUGUAUCUUUUUUUAAAAUGUGGACUUUUCCCUCUGUACUGGAUAAUAUAUAAGAGUGGUGCUUGUGUAUCUCUCUGAGUCCUGUGGGCCCUUCUCUGCUGAAUAUGUGAAUAUCUGUUUUUAAAAAGUCGUAUCUCUAAAUUUUAAGUCAGAAAAAAAAAUCAUCAC